UUGUUUAAGAAGAAUACGUGGCAAGGCCUUAAGAAGCAACGUGGAAGAGGUCCAAUUGCCGUUUGUGGCCACAAUCUGAAUCUCCGCCAAAUUCCCAGUUGGAAAAAGCUCUCCGCCGCGCCACCACCUCGAUUCUCCGCCAUGGCGACCCGCCUUCCGAGGAUAAAGCCAUUCUCCUCCCUAACUUCUAAACCAUCGCCGAUUGCCGUUCUUAUCGGAUAUAGGCGAAGGUGGUCGUCGUCAUCCUCCUCUUCGUCGUCUUCGUCUUCGUCGCCGAGUAAAUCACAGAAAUCGGAGAAGAAGUUAGUGGACCGUCUUUCGUCGGUGAUAGACGCCGUCAAUGACCGUAAACUCCCUCCGGAGCUUCGAGGCCAGCGUAACUCUGUCAGGUCAGAAACUGAUCUGAUAAAUGUUGUUGAGCGGAGGAUUUGGAAUUCCAUGGAAGAAGGGAAAUUCGAGAACUUACCAGGAAAAGGGAAACCUCUGAACCUCUCUUCUAAUCCUCAUGCUGAUCCAGCAGAAGACACAUUGUACCGGAUCUUGUCCAAGAACGGAUGUGCACCUGAAUGGGUUGAACUCAACAAAGAGAUCAGGAGUAACAUUUCUGUAUGGCGAUCGUCAUUGAAGAAAGCAUUUGAGAGUAGAAGCAAUGGAGAUCAUUCAAAAUGGACUGAGAGUUCAGAGGCUUUGCAAGUCCAAUUGCAACACAUCAAUGACAAGGUUUUUCGGUAUAACUUAAUAGUUCCUUUCGGACGACAAAUGUUUGGAUUGAAAUGGGAGAAAGAGAUGGAUCGUCUUGUAGAAUGAGGCAAAUCGUUUCUCGUCUUUGAACUUGCAUGGGUUUUGCUUUUCAGGUAAAACCGGUGUUCAUAUCUUUACUGAUAGAAGAAUUGUUGAAGUCAUGGCUUUAAGAUGACAAGAAAUUGUAGUGUUUUGGCAUUAUACAAAAUGAUACCUCCUUUCACCUUGCGGGCUACGUUUCUUUUAUGGCUAAUAGUUAUUUUCAGUAUAUGCUGAGAUCCUUUUGCAUCAGAUCCAUACUUUCUUUAUAUAAUGUAAUCAGACAUUCAUACUUUUGUUCAUGUAAUAUCCAACAUAUAUACUUCGUUUAUAUAGAUAAUUAUCCUGGUUUUUGUUGGUUGAGUAGGUA